CAGGGGUCAAAGCUCUCGGCCAGGAUUAGGAACCCCACAUGCAUCUCCAAGUCCAACGACCAGUCUCGUACCUAAACAAAGCUGUGCAUAACUCCUUAUUUCUUCAGAUUUCCAGAACUUCCUCUCUUUCUCUUUCUUCCAUCUAACCUUAGACAACACCUUUAUAUCUCCAAUCUUCGACAUCAUCAAGAAGUAUUUCGUGUCUUCCUUCUGUUCUUCACCUGUCUCUCAACCAACAAACCCUUUGAAGACUCUGCAUCUCCAUAACUUCAGAGCCCAAGAAGUUUGAGUUUUUGAGACUUUUUGAUUCUGGCCUUUUUUGGGUUUGCAUAGUUUUGAACCACGAACGUGAUGUUGCAGCUGUUCUUCACAAUUGCUUUCUCUGCGGCGCCUUUGACUCUGUAUGUUCCUCCUAUUAGAAGCUUGAAUCUCUUUGUAGAGGCCAUGGAGGAUCUGGUAAGGGAAUCGAGGGUUUAUACCAACAGGCUCUACCCUCGUGCACGGCUCGUCUGGUCUAGGAUCUUGGAUUGCAUGCUUUGCAACUUGAGGUUAGAUUAGAUUAGAUUGUCUCAAGUGAUCUUAGCUUCAAUCAUCAGAUCUUAAUGUACAUAUAUUUGUCUUCUUUUGUUUUUGUUUUUGUUUAAACCUCUGUUUCUUUUCUUUUCCCGUGCUGAUAAUAAGGCAAGGUAGAGAAUAAGUCAAAAACAUUCUUUUGUGUUUCUUAGUAUAUCGUUGCGGGAUUGAAUUCAACCGUAAGUUGUGAGUGUUGUUUGAAGUUCAUGUAUACGAUCUGUAUUCAUUACUCUU